AGCUAUUUGUGACAAAGGAGAACUCCUCACUACCCAGGUCGCCCAUGCACUCUCUCUCUCUCUCUCUCUCUAUCUAUCUAUCUACAAUCAAAGCAGAGAGACAGGAGAGAUUUUGAUUCAAUAUUCUUCUUAUCUGAAACAUCAAUUGAACCAGAGAGAACUUUUUCUCUAUUGGGUUUGCACCAGUAAGCCUGAACUCUCUCUCUCCCUCGCCAUGAAUGUAAUGGAUAAAGCGGUUAUGUGACUUAGGAGAGCUCCUCAGUUCACUUAGCCAUGCAGCCCACUGCUGCUGCCAUUACUUAUGCGAAUUCGGCCUGCAACCACUCCCCACUUCUCGUAAACACGGGAUGCGACGAUGGCGGCCGUAUCCAUUUCUCUACGAAUCCCACUACACACACAUUGGUGUCGUCUUCAUUGCAGCGUUGCACCUCCAUGAAGCAACUGAAGCAAAUACAGGCUCUAGUCAUCAGGGUCUUCGCCUCUGAGCAGCACUUGUACUCGAAGCUCUUGGCCUUCUGCACCACCAGCCUCGCCAGCAGCCUGCAGUAUGCGGGCGUCAUGUUUGAGCACAUUGUCGCCAUGUCAAUGGAGGACGUCGCAGCGCUGUCGGCACCGUCUUUUGUGUAUGCGUGGAACACCAUGAUCCGGGUUUACGCCAAUGGAAACAUGGACCCGGCACGAGGGGUCCUCCUUUAUGUUCGGAUGCUGGAACGGAGCAUUGCGCCAAACAAUUUCACCUUCACCUUCUUUGUUAAGGCAUCAGCGUCUUUGGGCUCGUUGCUGCUGGGCCGCGCUGUCCAUGGGCAUGUCUUCAAGUUCGGGCUCGAGAGGGAUGUUUACGUCCAGACUGCCCUGCUGCACAUGUAUGCGACUUUGGCGGAGGAGUGGGAGAGCGCUUUCCAUGUCUUCGAAAAAAUGCCUCGCAGGACUGCCGCAUCAUGGAAUACCAUGAUCGCAGCCUAUGCCCGCCGGGGUUGCCUGCAUGAGGCACAAAGGCUCUUCGAUGAGAUGCCCCAUGGGUGCAAGGACGAGCAAUCUUGGACUGUCAUGGUGGAUGGGUAUGCAAGGGCUGGGGACUUCGAGGGAGCUACCGCACUCUUUGAGGGGAUGCCUGUGCGUGUGAUGAAGACCACCGCCACGUGGAACGCCAUGAUAUCUGCGUAUACCCGAGCCUCCAUGCCCCAUGACGCUUUGUCAGUCUUCCGGCAGAUGCAGAUGGCGGGUGUGAAGCCAGACAAGAUCACAAUGCUCGCCAUCCUCCCCGCAUGUGCAGACUUGGGGGCCUUGGAACUUGGGGAGUGGCUUCAUGUCUACAUUGACAGAAGGAUGAUGACCACGCCUCCUGUUGCUGCUUCUUCUUUGAGUAACUGCCCCGCCAGGCGAGAUGUUGCCCUCAGCAAUGCGCUGAUGGACAUGUAUUCGAAAUGCGGGAGCAUUGAAAAGGCAAUGAAAGUGUUCGAGAACACGGCCGUCAAGAGCCUGGUGUCAUGGAACACCAUCAUCACAGGACUGGCACUGCAUGGCCGGGGUGAAGAAGCCUUAGCCAUGUUCAGAGAGAUGAGGACGUCAGGGGUCACACCGGACGACAUUACAUUUGUGGGGGUGUUGUGUGCAUGUGGGCACACGGGUCUCGUAGAAGAAGCAAGGAUGUUAUUGGAGAUGAUGAGGAGGGACCACGGGUUGGUCCCCAAGGUGGAGCACUAUGGGUGCGUAGUGGAUGCGCUGUGCAGGGCAGGUCUCUUGCAAGAAGCCAAAUGCCUGGUUGAAACCAUGCCUGUAAGAGCCAAUGCCGUGAUCUUGGGUACGCUGCUCAACGGUUGCCGAGUCCACAACAACAAUGUGGGGUUAGGCGAGAGGGUAUUGGAGAGGCUGGUGGAGCUUGACCCACAAAAUCCGGGCUACUAUGUGCUCCUCUCCAACAUGUAUGCCACUGCCAGUAGAUGGCGUGAUGUGCACCGAGUGAGGAACUUCAUGAAGGUGCGGGGGGUGGAGAAGAAGCCCGGCUGCAGCUCCAUAGAGGUGGGGAGCAUGGUUCAUGAGUUUGUGGCAGGUGAUCGAACCCACCCAGACACAGAUGAAAUACACCGCAAAUUGGAGCAAGUUGCGGAGGAGCUGCAUGCGGCUGGUUACAUGGCAGACACUUCGGCCGUGCAUCUAGACCUGGAGGAUGAAGAGAAAGCCGAUGCCUUAGGCCAUCACAGUGAAAAGUUGGCCGUGGCUUUUGGGCUCUUGAAUACGAACCCAGGGACCCCUAUCCGGAUUGUGAAGAAUAUCAGGGUAUGCAGCGACUGUCAUGUGGUAAUGAAGCUCAUAUCCAAGCUUUAUGAUCGGGAUAUCAUUCUCAGGGACCGGAACCGCUUCCACCUUUUCCAACAAGGUGACUGUUCUUGUAAAGACUACUGGUAAUUACCAGGGGAGCAAAGAGGCCAUCCCCUCGAAGAUUAUCAGUAACCUUAUGAAUUCUAGAAAGAGGGAGAGACACAAGCAUGGCAAUUCCUGUGUGGAAGGGAUUGUUUGCUACAAAAUAUACACCCCACACAUGGCUAGCUUGGUUGUAUGCCUUCAGUUGUGAGGCUGGUAACCUCCAUCUCUCUUAUCCCCUCCAAGCAUAAGCCUAGAAUGUAUACAUAGAGAACUGUUCCCAAUAAUAUGUUGGAUACAUGUCUUGGGUUAUGGGAAGAAUGCCAUGAAUCGUUGUAUAGAGCAGCAAACUGAGGCCUACCUUUCAGCUUAACAGAAGAAAGAGAUGGGGUUAAAAGCAAGGCACAGAAGAAAAUUCCAGGGGACUCUGCAAUUCUCGACCAUGGCUUACUCCACUGGCAGCAGUGGUGGGGAUGUCGUAUAUGAGUAGGAUCCCACUUCUUGUAGCGGCGUUUAUGGUUCGGCUCUUGCUACUGGAACCCCCAUCUAAAGAGACCUGCUAUCCUUAUUCCAAAUAUUCAUGUCAUCCAUUGAGAAUUUGAACUAUGGAACGUUGUUCUCCCUUUAUGAGGACUCCCCGAUCAACAAGAAUAAUAACUACAACAAGAACAAUAACAGCAGCUCAGUCCCAUGAAAAAGAAGAGGAGAAAAUGCUUACUCACAAUGAAGAAGACAAGUCCCACCAUGAACCCUGGGGACUCACAUGGAAAUGGUAAAGUGGAUGGCCUAUUGAAUUUGAGUGGGCCGUGUCUGACCCCAUAUCAUGGUGAUCGCGAGGAGCAACACGGCUACUGGUGACCUUCGGCAGAAGAAUAUGGUACAUAUUACCAUAGGUACGGUCAUGGCAUUUCUGCGGCUUCUGGUUAUUAGUCAGAUCAGCCAAGCAUCUUUGCAGAGGGACUGACCUCCUCUUCUCAAGACUGUUAUUAUGGAAGAGUCCACAACUAAUCAUGAAGAACACGAACAAACAGGCUGUUUAAUUUCAUGGUAGGGAGCUGAGGAGUCGAUGAAUGUCAUCUUUGGAUCUUCAAAUCUCGGUUCCAAAUAUCUAAACAAUGAAAACUCUAGCUAUGAGUAACCCCAUUAUCAUCAGGACAAGUAUGUGGAACCUUUUUGGAAAUCCAUACCAUAAAGCAUCUUACUGGUGACCAAGGGAAGUUGCAAUCUAUAUACUCUUCUUAAGAAUUGGAUGCUUCAUUCUUUCGUGCAGUUUCUGGUUUAUUGGUUCAGUAAGUUAGGCCGAGUGUGAAUGUUCUAUCCUGUAUCCAAUUGUUCUCUUUAUAUGAACUAAAGUGCUUAGAA